AUGUGGACGGCAGGAAAACGAACUAUCUUUGGACGCUCAAACAAACCCAUGGCUCACUGGUUGGACAGAGCUGCUCCCGAGACCAGUCCAGAAAUGAUCCAAUCAGUGAAAUCAUUUAUCAACGUGGCUGUUAUAUUUGGUCCACUGGUACGCUCAAACAAACCCAUGGCUCACUGGUUGGAUAGAGCUGCUCCAGAGACCAGUCCAGAAAUGAUCCAAUCUGUGAAAUCAUUUAUCAACGUGGCUGUUAUAUUUGGUCCACUGGUGUUCUUCUGGGCUCUUUUUGAUCAGCAGGGUUCAACUUGGGUUCUUCAAGCUCGCCGUUUGGAUGGGCGUAUCGGCUGGAUCACCGUACUGCCCGAACAGAUCAACAUCCUCAACCCGCUUAUUGUUAUUAUCAUGGUGCCCAUUUUUGAGGCAUUCAUCUACCCAAUGGCAAGGAAGUUCUUCCACGUAACACCACUCCGAAAGAUGGCACUCGGUGGUCUUCUAACUGCUACAGCAUUCAUUAUGGCUGGUCUCCUUCAAGUAAGAACUUUAACUAUACCAAUUUCAUUGUCACAGAAAGAAAUGUCCUCUCUACUCAGGAAAAAGUCAGCCGAGUAA